CACCUCCCAAAAAAUAAAAUUGGACACCCAAACACUCCAAAUUUCGAUACAAACCAAGUAUUACACCAACAAACCAACGACUCAAACUAGGCUCCAUAAAACCACAAGACUCUCCCUCUUUUUCUAUCUUAUUAUUACAUAAAAAACUUCGCCUCAUCACCUACUUGGUGUUCUCCGCCCCCUCCUCUCUCAUUCUCCACUUUUCUAUUCCCAAUUUCGAGAUCCAGUAAUCUCUCUCAAAUGGCCUCUGUUACUGCUUCAUCCAUUUCCUUCUCAUCUUUCUCUUCAUCUCUCAAGAAAAACCAGGUCUCACAAUUGAAGGCAGUUUCAGUUCCCUUCGGUGGAAAAAGCUUCAAACCAGUCCCUCAUCGUUUCCGCGUUGCCUGUGCGCAGGCGAAACCCGAGACAGUGGAUAAAGUUUGUGAAAUUGUGAGGAAACAACUAGCACUCCCUGCUGAUUCAGCCAUUACUGGAGAGUCCAAGUUUGCAUCACUUGGUGCCGAUUCACUGGAUACGGUAUUAGUUUUUUUCCCUCAAAUGUAUUCCUUUCCUCCAAUGUAUGUGGGAAGAAUGAAUGUGUAUUUACACAGGGAAAUAGUACCAUUUGCCGACAGUAGCAAGUUCCCUGGCCUUUUGAUUAUAGUUGCACAAUUAGUCCCCAGUGACAAAAAACAGUUCAAAAUCUAUGUUAAAUCUUCUUGUGACCCUCCCAUGUCCAACUUAAUGAAGCUAGAUUUUCAUUCCUUGCUGAAAUUUUAAAUGAAGGCAUGUUUU